CUUCUUACGUUUAAAUAGAAAUACAGUAUUGUGGCGUCGUGUAAAAUUGUGUAGUGAUUUUAAAAUUUAUCUUUUAUUAAUUCUAAUUAUGUAGAGUAUCUGUGGUAUACUUAAGUGGUCAGUGCUAGUGUAAAGUGGUGAGUGUUCAGUGCAAGUGAUGAGUGUGUGGAUUGCUGAUGCUGAUAAGUCCCAAGUUCCUGAGCAAAAUCAUCUGGCAUCGUCUGGUGGGAAAUAGCAGUUAAGUGACGUUUUCUAGCUGGAAUACACUUGGAGCAAUUUAAAUUAAAUCUCCAAGUAUAUUAGGACACCCUUCUGCAUAUUAUUUCCCCACCAAGUAAGUGAAAAAAAUUUUACUCUAAAAUAAAUUUUAAAAAUCAACCGAAAAUGUAAAUCAUAAAUUCAAAUUCAAAUUUACAUGAGCUCAUAUAUAAUUAGUUUGACAAUAAGUGAAUUUUGUGCUUACGAAGUUUGACAUAAGAGUGAACGUGUACUUUGUAUUGAUAACUAAAAAAGUUUUGAGUAAAAAAAAAAUCGGAGUAUUUUUUACUCGAUGCUUACCGGUCGUGUACUGAAUACCUUUCACGUUCUGACCAACCAGGAUCGAACCGGUCUGACCGAAGGCCAUAAUACGAAGCAUAACCAGGCCUUAGUUGUAAUACAAACGUAAAACGUAAUAGUAAAACAUCAGUCUUCCCACGAUAAAUCUUAAAUAAGAUAAAAAUAAUAAACAACUCCAAGUACUAUUACAUUAUAACUAAAAAAUAAAGCUCGUGAUUUAAUAGAGCGAGAUUGGUAAGGUCUUCGGGCAGUAUAUAGUGAUAUCACGAUGGAAGAGGAAUUACGAUGUCCUACCUGCAAAGAACUAUUUAGUGAUCCCGUUCUUUUACCUUGUUGGCACGCACUGUGUUUAUCCUGCGCUGUAAAUCUUCAAGCACCGCCAGAUUCACCUCCAGAAUCAACGACCGACUGUUCAAAUGCGCCAGGCUCCGACCAAGAGGCUGAUAAAUUGUCGAUACUCUCAGAAACAGACUCAGGAGUGGUGUGCAGCAGUACAUCAACCUCAUCAAGACCGGGAAGUUACGUCGGUACACCAGGAAAUGGAGGCUGUUUUCCGCCUUCUGGUGGCACAUUGUGUCUGUCUUGCCCGGUGUGUCACAAAAGUGUAUUUUUUGAUGAGGGCGGCGCCCAUAAUUUACCGAAAUAUCGUUCAAUGCAAAAAAUUGUUGAAAAGUAUCAGGAAGCAAGAAAUGUCAGGCUGCUGUGUCAGAUGUGCGAGGGCGAACCCAAAGAAGCUACAGUUGCUUGCGAACAGUGCGAGGUACUUUAUUGUGAUGGAUGUAGGGAAUCAUGUCACCCAAAAAGGGGACCACUAGCAGCCCACAAUUUAGGCCCACCACGUGCCAGCUGGCAGUCUAGUAUUGGUAAUAAAGGUGGGACACGCGCUCUGGGUUCUGAUGGGGCACCAAUUUGCGCCGAUCACAAUGGGGAAAAUGUCAGCCUCUAUUGUGCUCUAUGUAAGAUUGCAGCUUGUUCUCUAUGCCUACGAGAUCGUCAUACAGCUCAUCCUCAUGAUGUACUACCACUCGCCGCAGCAUGUAAAGCUCAAAAGACGGAACUGUCGCAGAAUCUACAACAGCUUUCGGAGCGCGCCCGUUCUACGACAGAAUUCAUCCAACGACUCAAAGGGAUGACGGAUAAAGUACAUGAGGAGUGUGCAGCCCUAGAAGAUGAGGUAGAAGACCGUGUGUCAAGUUUAUUAAAUAUGCUUCAAGCAAGAAAAUCUCGUUUAAUCGAGGCUGCACGACAAACAAGAGAUGCAAGAGUUAGAUCAUUGCGUGAUCAAGUUGCUCGGUGUGCAACUCAUCUUCAGACGACGACAGCUUUACUAACGUUCUGUAUUGAAGCCUUGAAGGAAACAGACAGCUCGGCAUUCCUACAGAUUGGCGGUAUGUUAUCUAUGAGGGCUUCCAGCGCUGCCGGAUCCUGGGGCGCUGCUGAAGGCGUACAGGAGAUGACACGUUUGCCACUCCUUGAUCUCACGCUUGAUGACAAACCUGUCAGACGUGCCAUUGAUCAACUGACCUUUGUUCAACUGAAACCAAUGGAAGGAGAGGAUCGAUAUCCAACCGCAGCUCCAGGUGCACCGGUGUUAAUUCCUGAAGAGUGCAGUGCAGAAAAUAAUAGUGUGACAGUGGCAUGGCAACCGCCAGCCGGUCAUGGAAUUGGAUGUGGUCAGCGAGGUCCGGCAAUCGAAGGAUAUUUGCUGGAGCUUGACGACGGAUGCGGUGGAGAGUUUAGGGAAGUUUACUGUGGACGUGAAACUAUAUGUACUGUGGAUGGUCUUCACUUCAAUUCACUUUACAAUGCAAGAGUCAGGGCAUUCAAUAGUGCCGGCGAAGGAGAUUAUUCUGAGCUCAUUGGGCUUCAAACUGCUGAAUUGGCAUGGUUUUCAUGGGCAACUGGCGCACCAGGAGUUCCCCAAGAGGUUUCAAUUUCCGAAGAUGCUAUGAGCGCAUCCUGUGAGGGUUACGAGCAUCGCGUUGUCCUUUCAAGCGUAGGAUUCUCUCGUGGUGUCCAUUACUGGGAGCUUACUAUUGACCGGUAUCACAGUGACACUGAUCCAGCAUUUGGAAUAGCCCGUGCUGAUGUGUCACGCGAUAAAAUGUUAGGCAAAGAUGACAAGGGUUGGAGCAUGUACAUAGACCGUCAAAGAUCGUGGUUUAUGCACGCCGGUGGUCAUGCCCAAAGGACUGAGGGUGGUGUACAGCAGGGCUCAACUGUUGGUGUACUCUUGGAUCUCGAUUCAACUCACACCCUUCGGUUCUUCGUAAACGACCAACCACAGGGCGGAAUCGCUUUUCGUGAUCUCUAUGGGGUCUUCUAUCCGGCAGUAAGCCUCAAUCGCGGUGUCACUGUCACUCUUCACACGGCAAUCGAUCCACCACGACAUCUACUUGCUCUCCAUGAUGAGUAUGUUUGUGAUAUUGUCCAGAGCUAGGGGUACCUAACUGUCCUGAAGAAAGGCCUACUCACCAAUCAAGAAAAUGGAAUUUAUGGUGAACAUGACAGACCAAAGGAACACGUCGACCAGCCCAAUCAGAUGCUCGAAAAAAUAAUCGAAGAAGGACCCGCAGAAAUUAAUUAACUAUUAAUAUGUAAGCUUUAUUCUACAUCAUCAUUAUUAUUAUUUUGAUAUUUUAUUUUUAACAAUAAAUUACAUUUAUUAAGGAGUCAUUCAUUUAAAAUUAAUCAUUUUAUUACUUUUAGAAAAAUUAUUUUAAUCACGAGUUUUUUCAAUUUAUUUAUUUUAUUAAUAUAUAAAUAUUUUUCUAUUAAUAUUCUUAUUCUUUAAGAAUAAAAUAAAAGUUUGCUAAUUAUAAAUUUAAAUAAUUAUCUUCAUUUUAAAAAGUUAUAAUAAUAUAACGUUUGUAAAUUUAAUGAACAGAUUUUAUGGGAUCAUAUUUACUUUCCUAUACUUUAAGACUGGUCUUACGAGACAGUACUAUCAAUUUUUUUUUAUCAACAAUAAAAAAUAAAUUUAUGUUAAUUAAGAGAAGAAAUAACUAAGAAUACAUACAAAUGAAGAGGUGAAAGUAAUUAAUGGAAAAUUAAUUUUUUAAUAUCAAAGAAAAUUAAUUUAAAAAGUAAUAAUAACAAAUAUAUAAACUAAAAAUAUUAAGACUGUAUUUGCUGAGGUCGAAGAUGAAGUGAAGGAUGAAAAAAAAAUUUAGACACUGAUUAUAUACAUCAAUCAUAAAUAUAUUACAGUUCAGUCGCGUUAUGAUUCCGUUGACAUAUUUCUAUUAAAGAUAUUCCCCUUCCAUGAUUACACAGUACAAAAAAAUUUGUUAGCGCAAAAAAAUUUCACUUGCUCUAAGUAAUUUUUUGCAUUAAGAAUUGAAAGAAAAUUUCCUUGAGGCAAGAAAAAAAUUUUUCGCGCCAAGAAAUUCUUUUUUUCUGUGUAUGCAAAUAAUCAUGACACAUUCACACGUUUGUAAAGAAGGGGAAAUGUGAAUUACGGCAGCCGACUGCUGAGCAGAAGUGAGGGUACAGAAAUUCUUAGAAUUAUAUUUCCCUACACCUUCUGUACGCGGGUUCAUAACGCGACUCUACUGUAUUUAAAAUCAGUGUGAUACUAUCAUAUCGAACGUAUUUAAAUGUAACGUAGAUUUUAAGGGAAUCAGUAUCAUAGAUUUUACAUAUUAACUCGAUAAAAAAAAGUACAUUUAUUUGAAUAAAUAAAAUAUUGUUGAAUAAAUUACAGAAAUAAAUAAAUAUUAUAAAUUAACAAAAAAAAACUAUUAAUAAUAUUAAUAAUAAUAAUAAAAAUAAUAAUAAGGAUAAGUCGGAGAGGGGAAGUAUAUAAUUUUGUUCUAGUCUUAGUGGAUUAUUAAUUUUCGUACUUUUACAUUCUUAAUUAAUUUUAUUAUUUGACUAUUAUCGUCACUUGCUAUUCCCAUUUUCAUAUAAAAUAAAUUAACUUUUGGAAGGGAAACGCUAAUUAGCUAUUACCGCCACAAUUGUGGCUCGCGCGGUUAUUCACUGGACAGGGUGACAAUGUUAUCGCAAAAUGCUCUAUACACGCAGGCAUCAAUUGUAUUAUUCACACUACGGGCAUGAUUAUAAUUAUUGUUAUUAUAAUAAUAAUAAUAAUAAUAUUAUUAUUGAUAAUAAUAAUUGUGUAUAUAUAUGUAAAUAAUAUAUAUUAUCUAUUAUAUUGCCGAUGAAAUUGCCAAUCGUAACAUUUAUUAUUAUUGUACUCGAACAAUA